CCUCCCCCCGCCCCCUAUUUCCUCUAACCAAUGAUUACCCAGUCUGGGUAUGGUGCGGCCAAUGAUGUGCUGGGUGUGUGCGUGUCCCCGCCCCAUGUGGCCGCAGUGUAGAGUAGUGCGGCGCUGUGGCUCUCAGUGUGUCUCUCUCUAUGGAAGAGAUGGAGGAAGAGUUGAAAUGCCCGGUGUGCGGUUCCUUCUAUCGGGAGCCCAUCCUCCUCCCCUGUUCCCAUAGCUUGUGCCUGGCCUGUGCCCGGAACAUCCUGGUCCACACCCCGGACUCGGAGUCCCCGCAGAGCCGGCGGGCCUCGGGUCUGUCCUCCUCGGACUAUGACUACCUGGACCUGGAUAAGAUGAGUCUGUACAGCGAGGCGGACAGCGGCUACGGCUCGUACGGGGGCUUCGCCAGCGCGCCCACCACCCCGUGCCAGAAAUCCCCCAACGGGGUCCGGGUCUUCCCCCCCGCCAUGCCGGCCCCCCACCAACCUCACCACCAUUCCUCCGGCGCCCUCCUCCCUCCUCCUUCCCGCCACCAGUGCCUGACGUGCCCGCAGUGUCACCGCUCCCUCCUCCUGGAUGAGAGGGGCCUCCGCGGCUUCACCAAGAACCGGGUCCUGGAGGGCGUGAUAGAGCGCUACCAGCAGAGCAAGGCGGCCGCCCUCCGGUGUCAGCUGUGUGAGAAGAGCCCGAAGGAGGCCACCGUCAUGUGUGAGCAAUGUGACGUCUUCUACUGCGAGCCCUGCCGCCUCCGGUGUCACCCGCCCCGGGGACCGCUCGCCAAACACCGCCUACUACCCCCCGCACAGGGCCGGGUGAGCCGGAGACUCAGCCCCAGGAAGAUCUCCACCUGUACCGACCAUGAGCUGGAGAACCACUCCAUGUACUGUGUGCAGUGCAAGACCCCCGUGUGCUACCAGUGCCUGGAGGAGGGGAGGCACCACAGCCAUGAGGUCAAGGCGCUGGGGGCCAUGUGGAAGCUGCACAAGAGCCAGCUGUCCCAGGCCCUGAAUGGACUGUCUGACCGAGCAAAGGAGGCCAAAGAGUUCCUGGUUCAGCUAAGAAAUAUGGUACAGCAUAUCCAGGUACAAAUGUUUCAGCUGACGGAAAACAGUGUGGAGUUCGAGGCCUGUCUGGUGGCCCAGUGUGACGCCCUGAUCGAUGCCCUAAACAGGAGAAAGGUCCAGCUUCUCGCCCGAGUGAACAAGGAGCAUGAACACAAACUGAAGGUUGUUCGGGAUCAGAUUUCUCAUUGUACAGUAAAACUGCGACAGACGACUGGACUGAUGGAGUAUUGCCUGGAGGUCAUUAAGGAGAACGACCCCAGCGGUUUUCUCCAGAUAUCUGAUGCCCUGAUUCGGAGAGUGCAUCUGACAGAAGACCAGUGGGGAAAGGGAACCCUCACACCACGAAUGACAACUGAUUUUGAUCUGAACCUGGACAACGGACCUCUCUUACAGUCCAUCCACCAGCUGGACUUUGUGCAGAUGAAAGUGCCCUCUUUAGUACCGGCACCCCCAAUGCUCCAGCUGGAAGAAUGUUGCACCCACAAUAACAGUGCCACUUUGUCCUGGAAGCAGCCACCCAUGUCCAUGGUCCAGGCAGAAGGAUACAUACUGGAACUGGAUGAUGGCAAUGGUGGGCAGUUCAGGGAGGUCUUUGUUGGAAAGGAGACAAUGUGUACAGUGGACGGCCUUCACUUUAACAGCACCUACAAUGCCCGAGUCAAGGCCUUCAACAAAGCUGGUGUCAGCCAGUAUAGCAAGACCCUGGUGCUGCAGACCUCUGAAGGUUCUUAUUCCCGAAUGUCAGCCAAUCUUGCAGCUGAAAUGUCAGCCACUCUUGCAGCUGAAAUGUCAGCCACUCUUGCAGCCCGUCUGCAAGUCAGCACCCUGCCCUCUCCUCUCGAUUUCCUCCAACACUCAGACCAGGAAGCUUGUGUGUCUCCAGUUGAUAACCAACCAGGAGUACGUUUCUUCUACUCUGCACGCUGUUCAUAUGGAAACUCAACAGUUGACAUAAAAAAACUGGUGGCAGUGGCUUGGUUUGCGUUUGACCCUGGUUCUGCCCACUCUGACAUCAUCUUCUCUAAUGACAACCUAACCGUCACAUGUAACAGCUACGAUGACAGGGUGGUGUUGGGCAAGACAGGCUUCUCCAAGGGAGUUCACUAUUGGGAACUUACCAUUGACCGGUACGACAAUCACCCAGACCCAGCCUUCGGCGUGGCUCGUAUAGAGGUGAUGAAGGAUGUCAUGCUGGGAAAGGACGAUAAAGCGUGGGCUAUGUACGUGGAUAAUAACCGAAGCUGGUUCAUGCACAACAACUCCCAUACAAACAGGUCUGAAGGGGGUAUCACAAAAGGUGCCACGGUUGGGGUCCUUCUAGACUUCACCAGGAGGACCUUGACUUUCUCCAUCAAUGAAGAGCAGCAGGGUCCUGUUGCAUUCGAGAGCAUGGAGGGAAUGCUCUUUCCUGCUGUCAGUCUUAACAGGAAUGUGCAGGUGACACUUCACACUGGUCUGCCAAUUCCUGGAUUCUACACAUCCAGAGCCUCUAUACAGUCUUAAAAGUGUAACAGAGAUGGCUUUUUCUUUUUUUCCCUCUCCCAUCAAUCAUCACCGUGGACUCCAUGCAGCAAAUAUUUCUGUGCAAAGGAUUCUGGGAAGGAACAUACGUUUUUUCCAUGAGGUCUGGCUCUCAUUCCGUGCUGUGUUUCCUUAUCAAACCUCAGGCCAGCCGACUCCCAGACAGCUUUGGUCAUUAUUGUCGGGUUUAUUUAUUUCAUUCUUUUCCUUGUUUCUGUGGACUCCUGGCUGCACCAUUGUCGCUGUUACCAUUGGCCUAUAUGCUGCUGCUACAACUCCGAGAACCCCCAAAAACUGUAACACAAAGUCAGUUCAUUAAGGCCUCGCAGUAAAGCAGAUGUCUUCAUAAAGGACAGCAGAACCCGUCAUAAAGUUUUAGGUUGGUCUACAAAGAAUGAUGUAAAACCAGCCUGGUCGAAUGCCUUGAACUUGGAAUCAGGAUCAUCUUCUAUCGAGGUGAUCUGUCUGAGCCUGCAAGAAAGACUGCUUACUUCUUGUAUAUAUCCUUUUAUUUUGCUCCCACAAAGAAUGUAUGGUGACGUUCCUAUACAACUGUAUCAAUGGUGCUUGUUACAUUAGAAAGUUGCAUUGUAUAUCAGAUUCCUAUAGAUGGCUUUUUUUUUUUCUAAUUAUAUAAGAAUGGUCUUAAAGUAUUACUAUUUUGGAAACUUUUCUGUGAUUUUUUUUUUGGGUCGAAGAUAAUUGUCAUUAGACACCCGCUUAGGGAAAAUGUGGCCUGGGGACGCCAAAGUUCCUAAACCUUUAAAUGGAUGUUGAAAUGUUAAACGCACAUUGAUUCAAAAUAAACAUGGCGGUCCAUGCAGCCA